GUGUCAUUUCUACUUCAUAGUUGGUUAGAGAUAUUCUCACAUUUCGAUGUUGUUUUUUUCCUUCUUCGGUCGUUCAUAAUCUUCUCUAUUUUAAGUGUUUGCUUUGACAAAACGGUGAAAAAACACACAAACACACCACAUUUAAUUAAAAACGAAGACUUGAAAUAGACUUGAAAAAUUUGUUGUUAUUCAAUUCAGUUGGCAGUCUAGCGUUUUAUCAAUUGGAAUCAAAUAAAUCAAUGAAUCGAUCCAAUACACGAACGGUUUGUGAUAAACACUGAUUUCGCUUUUCUGUUUCUUUUAUCAGACAGAAAUAUACAGGAAGUGUCAUCAUUGAAUUGAAGGUGAUCGAAGGAGAAAAGUGUAAAGAAAAAAAAAACAGUGUUUUUGCAUCAGACAAAUAUUAAAAGCCAAUAAACAUAAGUUUUUGAUCGGCCGAGAGAAAAAAAAACGAGACAAAAUUCUUAAAAACAAGUUGAUAAUAUUAACAUAAAUAGAAAAACAUCGUGUUUUGGACGGAAGUGUUGAAAAUCAGGUUCCUUAUAGCAAGCACAUUUCGACGCAUUAAUAUUUUUUCUUUCGCUCUGUGUUUUACCCGAGGACUUCGAUGUGAUCCACAAGUUUAUUUUUCUGAUUAUUUUUAUUGAAUUUCGAUUUGAUUUGUCGUCGUCGUCGUUGUCGGACGAGAAUCGCGAGUGAUUGGAAUCGUGUAAAAACCGAGGUUCCAGUACCGCGCCAAACUCACAAACGUUUUCAAAGUGUAUGCUUGCGGCGUACGGCACAUUUGCGUGUAAUAACACACCAGUUUGAAUUGAAUUCGCGGUUAAUUGCAAACCAAUCAGCAACAUUAGCACCAAAUUCAAUCGAUUUAUAUAUAUCAAUACAUACACACGAGAAGAAGGAGUGAAAUAAAGAGAAAUAAAAACGUUCGAAUUUGUAAUACAAAUAGUUUUGCUGCCAUUUACUUCGUUUGACACCAUUUAAUUUAUUUACCAUUUGUUCAGCAAUUUUUUUUUUGCCUGAGGACAGAAUUUUCCUUCGUUUAACCAAUUUCGAAUUCGUGUAUACUGCUUGUUUGAUUAAACAUUGGUGGAACUGUGUAAACAAACGACCAGCUGAUUUUUGAGGUUCCUAUUUUAAUAGUGCUAAAUACUAAAGUGCAAUCGAUUGUUCGUGAUUCAAAGUUUGAGCGAAAAAUCCGGAGACAUACGAAAAUCUUACCGCCGCACUGGUGCAAUCAUUCGACUCUCAAGUGAUAAAUUUGAUCUUUCUGCUGUGAUUAUUGCAUGAGUCGAUUCAAAAUGUAAGUAAUGUUCAUCCAACCAAAUUCAUUGCGCUGCGGUAUUGUCAAUUGCUAUGCUAUUUAUCAGAAUAUUUUGUGCGUUGUUUGUGUUUCAUGAUAAACAGUAGGGAAAAGUAAAAAAAAUGAUAAAAAGAGGAGAAAACAGAGAAAGAAGAAGAAGAUGAUCAACUUGGAAGAGGAAUACAAAAUGACUAUUUACAACAAACAUCAAAUGUCCCAAAAUUCGCAAGAGUGCGAAAAAUACGGUGUUUUUUUCUCGACGUUGCCAAACAAUUGAAGAUUAACACACAGAUUAGGCCUGCGACAUACACGAUUCUCUUUCAUGCGCUCGAACACACAACAAUCAAUCCAAAAGCCAAGCGCAAUUUUUUUUAAAAAGAAUGCACGGGCGAUGGCAUGCGCAUACGGGCACAAUACGAUACGAUAAAGAGAGUGUCAUCCAAAUAAGAUCUUGGUAUAAAUAUAAUAUUUAAAUUGGCCGUACAGCGUACAUUCAUAUCCAUAUAGACUUUAACAAUAUAAUGAUGCGCGCUCACUCAGACUCUCUCUCUCUCUUGCCCGAUCUUUCUGUCCGUUGCGAUUGUUGUUUUUUUCGGUCUAAAAAUAGACACUGUUCAUUUUUGUGCCAUACUGCGGUUCAAUAGAGCCGAUACAUGCAGAUAAAUAGUCAAAGUGUCGUCUUUUUUCGUACAUCGAAUACAUUGACACAGCGAAUAAGAGAAAGAGAGUGCAAGAGAGAGAGAGAGAGCGAGCAAACUCGAGAACAAUACGACGACACAACAAUUUAAAUAAUUGUUUGAUUCCGUUUACGUGUGUCGUCGCUCGAUCGUCGUUUGGAAUCGCUUGUGUGUGUGUGUAUGUGUCAGCGUGUAUCGAAUCGAGUUGAUGUUUGUCCAAAAAUACAAAUUCAUCGCUCCUUAAGGUUAUACUAAUAUUGAAUUUAUAUUAUACAAGCCAAAUGAAGUUGAAGGAAACCAACACGGCGCGAAAAGUAACAAUAUCCAAAAAUAAUACUUCUGGAAAUGAGUUAUUACCGCUUUUUUUCUUCUCUAUUUUGAUGGACUUUUGAACGAGCUCAAAUUCUCUGGCUCGCACACUGCAUGAUCAUCAGAUUUGGCUUUGUUGUUGUUGUUGUUUUUAUGAUGGAAAUGUGACGAGAAGAAACCAGAUAAUGACAUAGAUUGUCGUCAGAUGAACAGGCAAAAAAUAAUAGCCACAUAAUGCUGAAAUCGGCGAAGUGUAAUUAUGCGAAAAACAAAAGGUACAACGGUUAACACAUACGUAAAAUGACGCGAAUUUCGUAUGGCCAACAAACGACCGGCCACGGACCAUGCUCUUGAACAAGACGGAAAAUUACCAUUUUUUACUGUUUCUGGUAUUUGUUACCACCGUACGUGUGUGUCGAUUCAUCGAAAUAUUCUGCAAUUCGUUUCUUUGUGUCGAUUUAACAUGUUUAAUGCCCCAACUGCGUCAAAGUGCCACAAUCCGCUCUAAAAAUAACCACACAUCGACACUUUUUUGUUGUUGUUGCUGCUGUUCCGCAAUGACCUUAUCGCGGUGCAUUGCAAAAAUUUAUAUUUAUUUUUCGCAUUUCAUGCAACUAUUAAUUGCAUAUAAAUUCUAUCGAAGCCUUCGAUUAGCCCCAUCGACUUUGCAUUUUACAUUUCUAUUUUUGUCAUGCUUUCAUUACAAUCUUGAAAUGAAAAAAUAGGGAAAUUAUUGAAAAACUGCAAUCAAAAGUCCAUUUUCUGAUCCCUAAUUGAAUUUUGCUUAUCUGUUUGCAGCGAAAAAUGAUAUUUUUCUGCUGGGUUCUGUGAACAGUGCUUGUAAACCCGUAUCAAAACCACAUUUUCGCGUGAAGCAUUUUAGUUUUUUCGUAUCUCGUUUGUGGCGACAACUCUAAUGAUAGCGAACGAGCAGCAGCAGCAGCAGCAGCGUCAGCAGCAACGGCAGCGCUUAACAGUCACAAUCGUGUAUUGAUACGCUCUCUUGCUUUAUCUCAUUGAAUGGCACUUGUUCUAUUUUUAGAUUCCAGUCCGUUCGCUGUUUUUUUCGUGUGUAUGUUUUUUUCUUCGCUCGUUUUGUUUGUGUGCCAUAGUGUCGGCGAGUAUGUGCUAGUCACCGCCGCGCUCAACGUUUCGUGCUCAAAUCGUGAUAUGGAAAAAACUAUAGAGUUGAAUGAGAAAAUAAAAUCCGCUCGUCACACACAGAAUUUAUAUUUUUAUCAUCAUUUGUGCACACAUAAAAUUGGAAUUGUACAUCGGAAACCCAUCGAUUUCAUUAUCCUCAUAAAAUGAAUGCAACAAAUUGGAACGAUUUUAUGUUUUUCUUUGCGAAAUUUUCGGCACGCAGAGUGAAAUCGUAAGCGAAAAUACAUCUGGUACGAUCAUUUGGAUGGCAUUCGCGCUACUUGAUUUUCAUUAAAGCCUAUAUUUAAAAAAAAAUGAUUCAAGUAUGAAGAGACACGGCUAAAUGAACGACACAAAACAUAAUAAUAAAAUGAAGCAAAAUGUCAACCACGAACGAAAGUUCUACGCUCACUAAAAUAAAAUUGCACACACAUGUGUGUAUGUGUACGAAUCACGUUGAACAUUGGAUUAUUCCAUGUGUGUCAGGAAAAGAGAGAAACGAAAACGAAACGACCAGAGUGGACCGAAUGCUAACAACAAACGGCGCACGACACUCUGCUCAGCGCAAACCCGUUUCGCUUAUGCAUGAACAUUUGAGCGCGCGAUUGCGGCUGUCAAAGCAUGCGUUUAUUUUUGCGUCGUUCUGCGCACUGAAAUCGCUGAAUCGGCGCUGUUGGUUUAGGUUUGUGUUGGUUAUUUUUUUCGCUGCUUUUGUUGUUGUUAGUAAAUAAAAGGAAUCAAUGGAAACAGCCAUAUGCAUGGAUUGAAUUGGAGCGAGAGCAAUGGUUUGCAUGUUACACACGCACACAAUCAAUUUAAUUCUGUCAUCGUGUGUAUGCGCGCUCGCGGCUCAGCCGAAACCGUCACUGAUAAUUUACUCUUUUGUUUAUUCAAAGCGUAUCAACGAUGAGUGCGGCCUGAUAAUUACUUAAUAUUGUCACCGUCUUUGUUCGUUGUCUCGACCCAGCAUUUUAUUCAAUCGAUUCGAAAAAUUCCAAUGGCUUGUCUACAUUUUCAUUGUACAUUGUCAAUGUUCGCGCAGAACGAAGUGCAAAUAUUUAGGUUUCCAACACAGAAGUCAGCUUUCAGCAUAUGUGCACACUGCACAUAUGUUCGCAUGAAUUAAUGACCCGUUAGCGUUUGAUGUGUGUGGCAAUAAUAAGAAUCAACAUACGAAACGCGAUGAUGAGAUCUGCACGAUCAGUGAUGUAUGUAUGCAGCGGAAUCAAUUCCGACAUUUUUCGCUCUCGACAACAAUGUUUACAUUUCGUACGCUCACUCGUGACUUUCAUCAAAUAGUGGUUUGUUUGUGGAAAAAUUGGCCCGUUUAAAGAGGUCCAUAAAUUCUUCUUUAAACAAACAAAUCGAGAAUAAAAAAAACCUAAAAAAAAUUCGAAAAAAAUUAUAUCUCGAAAUAAAAAUGAUUAGCGCCCAAAAAUGGAUGAGCCAACGAUUGAGCAAUGCGUGUGACUGGUUAGCAUCCAAUCGCGAUUGGAUGUGGUUUUUUGUUCGUUGAGCUCACUUUGAUGUGGCGAAUUCUUGGGAUGUUUCACUUUUUAUUUGCACCGUUCAAAGUGCUAAUUUUGCACAUGCAACAACACAACGCUUGCUCAAUAACGUCAUUACUGUGAAUUCUUCGCUUUACUUACAGGCAAUAAAAACCGAUUUUACGGUCAGGUUUCUAACUUUUUUUUUAUAGUUAAACCCAAUCUGCAUUUCUAUUGAGUCCGACAUUUUUUUUCUCCAAAGAUGUGAGAUAACAAACAAAAAAUUGAAUGAGAGAUAGAAAAAAAAAACAACAGCGUCAGCCACCAUUCACAGAAAAGUCAUGAGUAUGGAGUGCGAGCAUAGUGGAAUGUAAACAAAAAGUAAUAAUUAAGUAGAGUGUGUGUGUGUUUUUAUUUUAGUUUAGAAUGUGAAGAAAAUGACUUUAGAAAUCACAUGACAUAGUGUUACCAUUUAGUUUUUUUUUAUACAUAUUCGGUGUGGCUUGCUCGCAAUUGAUUGGCUGCUACUUCGGCUGCUGCGAUUGCUGCUAUCAUGUCACGUCAAUGACGUUGCAUAUGUGUGUGUGUAUGUGGUUGAUUUCAUCUUGGCAACAGUUAGUUUCAGAUCAGCAAUGAGCAAGCAACUCGGGCCAGAGCGUGAAAAAGCGGUCGAAUAUGAACGAAGCGAUAGAAAUAAAGCACGAGCUCAUAAAUUGAUGGAGUAAUUAAACGGUCUACACUCUCUAUUUUGUGUCGUUCGGAAGGAGCUUUAAAAUGUGGGCAUGAUUGAAUCAAUGUUAAAUCAAUCCAUAUGCGCUGUCUUGUGCCUGAUCUCACUCACUCUCUCUCUCUCUCUCUACCUCACUCGCUCUUCCUCUAUCUCACUCUCUCUCGCUUCCGCUCGCUCUGUUUUUCGCAUGCAAAACGAUGCGGUCGCCACAGCCCGCUACAUUCCCUUUAUUCCUUUCAAGAUUCGAGCGUGAGAUGCUUUAUUAUACUUUUGCUAUGGCGUGACACAAACCAUUUGCUAUCGCACGAAUACAAUUAAAAUGUUUGCUUUCCGAAUCGGUCGCGAUGUUGACAAAAAAAUAAAAUCAUCGCGUACAAUGAACAGCGAAGCAACCGUCUCCUUCCGCAGAUGAUUCGUAGCGAUAAAUGGAGGCAAUCUAAUGGACCACCGUAAGUCGCGACCAAACAACUUUUGAAAGAACGAAUCAAUUGUUUGAUUUUCUUCAAUUUAACUCAAUUGAGCAGCUCUCGCGUGUGCAUACAGUUCAGAACGCGUUUGAGUGUGUGUAUGUGUGCGAUCAAGCAUAGUCCAAUUUCUUGUGAGCCAGUCAACAAUCUUUAUGAAAAUGGUUUUCAUGCGUUGACAUUUGAUUGCACUUGCUGCGUCAUCUGACUAUUUCACAUGAUUGCUGACUCAAUCCAAUCCAGAAUGGAAAAAAUCCAUUGGCUCAGAACAAUGUUUUUUUUUUGAUAGGACAUUCACACGUGUUUCUAAAUACUUUCGAUCUAUUUUCUACUCAAUUUUUUGUUUGCCAUUUGUUGUGUUAUCAAAAGUGGAAGUUUUAAUUGCAAUUAAAUAACAACAGAACGCUAAUCUCCCAACGAAUUUCCCCAACCGAAAUGACAGCUUGACAUAAAUACGUCAGUUAAAUGACUUUAUUGUGCAUAUAAUCCGAGAUAAAAUCUGUCGUCGGGUUAUCAUGGCAGUUCAAGUCCCGAUAAACGUGAUAAUAGGAAAUUAUAUCGCUAAUCCCCUAGACACCAAAUCUUCCUCUGUUUACACGCGAAUUCAAGAGCAUCAAGAAGCAUCCAACAAACAAAUAAACAAAUAAAACACGAAGCAUAAAUAAAUUAUUCGAAACUGUUGAAUCGAUGCUACAUACGGCUUUUAUCCUUGCGUAUUUUUCGCAAAGACUAGUUUCGAUUGACCUAACAAUUGGGCAAUCAAUUACAUCCGUCGAAUCGAGAGGAGAGAAAAAAACCGAUCGGAAUAUAUUUGCGCGUCUCGAUCAAUACAAUCGCAUCGAUUGAAUAAUUUAUUCGACAAAUGGCAUCGCCAAUCAAAACAGACCAUGGAUAUAUUGGAACUAAAUUUAUUGGCAUGCAAAUCAAAAGAAACGAACCGAAAAUCGUUCCAUUAGCUAGUGUGUUGUGUCGAAUGAAAACACACAAAUCAACGAUCUUCACGAUCAAAACAUCGUUGUGAUAAUAGCCAGCCCGCACAGUACACACACAAUUGUGAGCACUGAGGAAAAUUACAAUACGCAGACAUUGAAAGGAAACAUCGUCGGUUUGGCCGUUGUUCGUGCAAUAUGCUGUUGCCGAUUUGUCUUUGGCUGUGUGCGUUGAUUGUAUUUUUCUAUGUGUAUAACAUAUGCAACACAACCAACAAUGAAAAAACACAAACUAUACACCAAAAAAAAAACAAUACACACACAGAAAGGCAGACAAUAGCACAGCGUAACCAGCGAAAAACAUAAAAUUGACACGCUUCACUUUGACAGUGUUUUUUUUUCGGGCCGUUUUUAUUAGUUGUUGGCGCUGUUUUCCUUUAUUUUUGCUCGUUCUUGUUUGUUGCCGUUGCCGUUGCUGCUGAUUUGUACUCGACUCUAUCUGUCGCACAAGGCAAUGUUUAAAUAAUAAUAAUAAAAAUGGCUUGUCGCUUUUGUUCGGUUUUCAGUGCAUUUUACACACUUUUACUGUGCUCACCAAACGCUAAACAAUCAGUCGGUGGUCGUGCAUCGAUUUUUGAUCAUCGCUUUUUUUUCGGUGUAUCUUUUUUUUUCAUCGCAGUGAACUAUUCUGUUUCGGUACAAUCGCACAUCAAGUCCGUUUUGUAUAUUUGGCUUUGGCUAUUUUUCAACAACGGUUCACAGCGUCGCGUAUUUUUUUCUCAUUGGAAGAAAAGAAUAUUUGAAAAAGCGAUAAAAACGUGAAUUUUUUUCUUGUGUGUAAAGUCUUGUUGUGUAGAUUCUGGUUCGUAUUUAUGGAAAAAUUUCUAGACGAACACAAAUAAAUUUGGUGAAUUUCUUGUUCCGUUUUUUUUUCGCGUUGAUUAAAAUUAGUGUCACUCAUUUAUUUGAUCGUCCAUCAAAAACGAGGAACCAAAAACAUGAUUUGAGUAACAUAAACAUUUGAAUUUUCUAACUAAAAAGAGGAUUUGCGGUACGAUUUUCGUUUUUUCGGUGUGCACGGGAUUUUGCAAAGAUUUCGUUAAUGCGCGUGUGUUUUGAUGGGCUGUGUUUCGCAAGUAGGCGAGCAGCCGCUGUAGACGAAGAAACGCAAACCGUUUCGGACGUUCAAGAUACCGGUGGCGGUGAUUGUGGUAACGGUGGUGGUGGUGGACAAACCAACCACGUAUACGACGAUUCAUCCUGCAACAAUAGCAACACAAUAGCUGAACGAAAUCCGGCGACGGAGUCAAUAGACACCACGGAUUCCAGUCACAAAAUUCACAAGCAUCAUUGUUCGGCCUCGUCAACGGCACGAUCCAAGCUACUGUCAUUGCUGUCGCUUAACAAUAUCGAUAAGAAAAUUUUCUUCCUUCGCGCCAAAAUGGAUUCACACGAUGCGCCACGAAACCAUAAUAAUGCGAAUAGCAACACAUACGAUAUAGAUUUAGUCAGUAGAAACUAUAGUAAUAGUGUGACCAAUAACAAUAAUAAUGAUCUAACGAAAAUGGAUACGACACCGACAACCAUAACAAAUACAUCCACAUCGUCGGCUCAUCCGUUAAUCGUCGACACGAAUUCAAACGAAAUGGCAACGUGCGACUCAGCAUUUCCCUGUUCGCCAACCAAUUUACUGCUCAACGAACGAAUCGGUGAUCUGUGCGUGAGCGGAACGGGUUGCCCAGCAGCAAAUAUGGAACACAACAGCCUAGCAAAUCCAUUUAGUCAAACAACGUUCACAGCGAACGGUGCAAAUUUAUUGAGUAGUGAAGAGCAUUUGUUGCAAGUGAUUCAAAUUAAAUCGGCCCGCAUCCAGGAGCUGGAAAAUUUGUUGCGAUGCAAAGAGAACGAAAUUGCCGAGCUAAAAAGUCAUUUGGAUAAAUUCCAAAGUGUAUUUCCGUUUAGUAGCCGCGGUCGGAAGGGCGGUGUUCACGGUGCCAAUGGCCAACGACAACGGGCUCAAGGUAUUUCGGCUGAGCCGCAAAGUGAAAGCUCUGUACUGGAAUUGCUGCAUGUCACCUUCCCCAAAUAUGAAAAAGAUGAGCGAUCUCGUGAGCUCAUCAAGUCGGCAAUUUUGGACAAUGAUUUCAUGAAAAACUUGGAUAUGAAUCAAAUUCGUGAGAUCGUCGAUUGCAUGUACCCAGUUCAAUAUGCCGCCAAGAGUCUUAUCAUCAAAGAGGGUGAUGUCGGUAGCAUUGUUUACGUCAUGGAAGAGGGUCGAGUCGAGGUGUCACGUGAAGGUAAAUAUCUAUCAACAUUGUCCGGUGCAAAGGUACUCGGCGAAUUGGCCAUUCUCUACAAUUGCCAACGGACCGCAACCAUAACGGCAAACACCGAUUGUAAAUUAUGGGCAAUAGAACGACAAUGCUUCCAAACAAUUAUGAUGCGUACCGGUCUCAUUCGACAGGCCGAAUACACCGAAUUUUUGCGAAGCGUACCGAUUUUCAAGAGUUUCCCAGAAGAAACUCUCAUCAAGAUUUCCGACGUCUUAGAAGAAACGCAUUACAAUCAAGGCGAUUACAUUGUUCGGCAAGGUGCUCGUGGAGAUACAUUCUUCAUCAUUUCGAAAGGCACGGUUCGCGUUACGAUCCGUCAGCCCAACUCGCAGGAAGAGAAAUUCAUUCGGAUUUUGGGCAAAGGUGACUUCUUCGGCGAAAAGGCAUUGCAAGGUGAUGAUCUGCGUACGGCAAAUAUCAUUUGCGAUUGUGAGGAUGGUGUAACAUGUUUGGUCAUCGAUCGCGAAACAUUCAAGCAACUGAUUUCGAAUCUAGAUGAAAUUCGCAACAAAUACAAUGAUGAGAGCUCAUUGGAACGCAAAAGAAUCAACGAAGAGUUCCGUGAUGUUCAGUUGUCCGAUUUGCGUGUACUUUCAACGCUUGGCGUUGGUGGAUUCGGUCGCGUUGAAUUGGUACAACUUCAUUCGGACAAUUCACGCUCGUUCGCACUGAAACAAAUGAAGAAGGCACAAAUCGUUGAGACACGCCAACAGCAGCACAUUAUGUCCGAAAAGGAUAUCAUGUACGAGGCCAACUGCAGCUUCAUCGUCAAAUUAUUCAAAACGUUCAAGGAUCGCAAAUAUUUGUACAUGUUGAUGGAAAGUUGCCUUGGUGGCGAACUUUGGACCAUUUUGCGUGAUAAAGGCCAUUUCGAUGAUUCGACCACACGUUUCUAUACGGCCUGCGUUGUUGAAGCAUUUGACUAUUUACAUUCGAGAAAUAUCAUUUAUCGUGACUUAAAACCGGAGAAUCUUUUGCUCGAUAUUAAUGGUUAUGUGAAGUUAGUCGACUUUGGAUUCGCUAAGAAGCUUCAAACCAGUCGAAAGACAUGGACAUUCUGCGGCACACCUGAAUACGUGGCUCCAGAAAUUAUCUUGAAUCGAGGACACGACAUCAGUGCUGACUAUUGGUCGUUAGGUGUUUUGAUGUUCGAAUUGCUUACAGGUACGCCACCAUUUACUGGAGCCGACCCAAUGCGAACAUACAAUAUAAUUUUGAAAGGAAUCGAUGCCAUUGAAUUCCCACGUAAUAUCACACGUAAUGCAACCGCUUUAAUUAAGAAACUGUGCCGAGACAAUCCUACCGAACGUUUGGGCUAUCAACGUGGCGGAAUCGGUGAAAUUCGAAAGCAUAAGUGGUUCGAUGGUUUCUACUGGGAAGGAUUAGUGAAUCGUACUUUGACACCUCCGAUUAUGCCAACUGUGAACAGUGCCAUAGAUACAACGAAUUUCGAUGACUAUCCUCCAGAUCCAGAUGGACCACCACCAGAUGAUGAAUCCGGAUGGGAUAAAGAUUUCUAAGCCAAACUUACUAUUUGCAUUGAAUCCAAACAAAAUAAGAAAAAUACGGCAACUUAAGAAAUUCGAAGAAAAUUCAAUGCAAAAUCUGGCCUAGAUUUAAAAAUUGCCAAUAGCAAAUAUAGCCCAUUUUUAAACAUGUUUUUAAGUCAUUUUGUCGCAACAUUGGAUUUCUACUAAACAAUGAAAGUUCAAAGAAAUGUCAGUUUUUUGUUUGUAUUCAAAAUAUUCGGUCAUGUAUAAAAUGAAUAUGCGAUGCAACAAAUUUGCCUGCGGUAGAUUUUUUUUGAAGAAGAAGACGAAAAAAAAGAAGAAAAACAUUGAAGAUGAAAAUAAAUUGAAUUGUUCAUUAUUAUUUACUUUUAAAACGCUAGAUUAGUCAUGAUUGUAACUAUAAUAUUAAUAAGUUUAAUUAUGUUUUAAUUCAUGAUUUUCCUUUUUUGUAAAAUUUUAUGAAAUUUCGAUGAUGAAUAUUGCAAUUUGAAAUUUUCACUCCGUUUAUUUCCAAUUUCAUUUUGAAACAACAACUCUUUAACUAAUUAUUAUAAAUAAAUACAAAAACAAUACAACUUUUAUUCUA